AUGUUUCAGGAUACGUCAAAGAUAGUCACGAACGCGAAUUUGGACAAAUUGGAGACUCAAUUUGACCCUUUCCAUGGGACCGAAAUUUGCGAGCAAAUUCCUGCCUGUGUGAAAGGCUCGGAUAAGCCGCUUGAUUUGGCGCUUAUCAUCGACGCAUCGGAAUCCCUCAAUCAACUGUUCAACGAACAAGUGGAAUUUGCCGUGAACCGCCUUGUGAAUAACAUCAAUAUCCAUCCUGAAGCUGUCAGGCCCGUUAUCAUGAUUUAA